AUGGCCAGCUGGGCCUUGGAGCUGCUCGGCUUCUCCCUGGGCCUGCUGGGCCUGCUGGGCACGCUGACUGCCACCAUCCUGCCGCACUGGUGGCGCUCGGCGCACGUGGGCGCCAACAUCAUCACCGCCGCGGCCUACGUGAGGGGGCUGUGGAUGGAGUGCGUGUGGCACAGCACCGGCGUCUACCAGUGCCAGCUGCACCGCUCCCAGCUGGCGCUGCCCGCCGGCCUGCGCGCCGCCCGGGCCAUGAUGGUCACCUCCUGCCUGCUGGCCGCGCUGGCGGCCGGCGCCGCCGUGGUGGGCAUGCGGUGCACGCGCUGCGCCGAGGGCAGCCCCGCCAAGGCGUCCGCGGCCAGCUCCGGCGGGGUCGGCUUCGUGGCGGCCGGGCUGCUGUGCCUGGCGCCGGUGUCGUGGAGCACCCACGGCGUCGUGGUGGAUUUCUACGACCCCACGCUGCCCGCCGGGAUGAAGUACGAGAUCGGGCAGGCGCUGUACCUGGGGUUCGCCUCCUCGGCCCUGAGCAUGGCGGGCGGGGCCCUGCUGUGCGCCUCGUGCCUCGGGAGCCAGGCGCCUUUCCAGACGCGUUCCGGGCCCGCGGCAAUUCCCUCCUCCGGGCCACCGAGCGUCCCCAAGGGCAACCACGCUCCCUCCGUGACAUCCGCGUCCCACAGCGGCUACAGGCUGAGCGACUACGUGUGAGCUCCCUGCCUCUGGAACCCUCCUGAGUUCCACACAACUCAGAAUCUUUGUCGACGUUUACCGCUGUUCAUC